UCAGAAUGCGGGAGUGACGGCGGAGGAAUGGCAUCAGCUGUAUUUGAGGGGACGUCGCUGGUCAACAUGUUCGUGAAGGACUGCUGGGUGAACGGCGUCCGCAGACUCAUCAUCAGCCAACGCGGGGAGGAAGAGGAGUUUUUCGAGAUCAGGACUGAAUGGUCCGACAGGAACAUCUUAUACUUGCACCGGAGUUACUCAGAUCUGGGGAGACUGUUUAAGAGACUUGCGGAAUCCUUCCCUGAGGACAGAGGGGAGCUCUCCAAGUCUCCUCUGAUUGAAGGAAUGCUGAAGAUCAAAGGGACAAAUGAUAUUGAGGUGAAGCUGAAUGAGGUGGAGAGGCUGCUGAAGAACGCAAUCAACAUGCCUUGGAAGUAUUCCCGGUCGGAGGUGAUGCUGACAUUCUUUGAGCGGUCACCACUUGACCAGGUACUAAGGAACGACAAAGUCCACAGAAUCCAACCUUGCUUUCAAAGCCCAAUGAAGAUAUCAGAGAUCAUGCGGUCAAAUGGUUUUUGUCUGGCCAAUACAGAGACGAUCGUAUUUGAUCAGAGUCUCCCCGAGGACAAAGAGAGGCCUUCAUCCACUGAUUCAGGCGAACAUACGUAUGAGGAUGGGACAGAGUUCUUGCCAGCGGAACCAGACCUGUGCGACGAGGAAACAGAGCCCUAUGUCACCAACCUCUCCUACUACCACCUGGUCCCCUUUGAAACUGACAUUCUCGAGUGACGCGCUGCCGCAAUGCCUGCUGGGGAAUGGAUGGUUGACGCCGAUGCUGAGGAACACAUGCAAUUCAAUGAAACCUGCCUAUGCAAUGCUCUGUCCGGUGGUCAAGAAGGCUAGGGGCACACAGCUGGCUAAAAUGCAAUGCGGCUGCUGCUUAUGUGUGCAGGUUUGCAGGAGGGCUUUUCCCCAGCCGGAGAAAGCGAAGGUUGAGGAGCUUCACGGAUGUGCAGUAUACAGAAAGACCGAAUGAAUGCAACAGCAGUACCACAGGCAUUAUUUGUCCUCUACUGCUGUCAGUGAUAUCACCGGUGUGCUUCAUCUUGCAGCCUUACGUUAAUGUCUCAAAGUCAAGACUAGAUGGGAUUAUACUAUGGUCUCCACCAUUGAACUGCUCCCCACAGUGUGUCCACACUUGGCUGCCACUUUGCCCAAUUUUUUAUCCACUUGUGGCAACGUGCAGCACCGUGAGCUUCGUGUAUGAGAUGUGGCUCUAAAACAGCAAGGAAUUGAGCUGUCUCUGUUAUACCAGCAUGCAACUUCCUGUUUUGCUGCAGUUAUAUUGAAUUGUUUCUUGGAUCUGAUAAGAUUCAGGAGAAACUUGCUUGGUUAAAACUUCCUUGAUUUUGGUCUCUGGCAACAGACAUGCAAUCAUGAGCAGAUCUUAGUGGAAAUAUAUAAGAUAAAACAAUACAAGUCAUAGAAGCAUCUGCAAGAUGUUUAACAUCUUGUACAAAACAUGUGUUGCUUGGGUGGCGCAGUGGACUAGCGCGCUACCGGCCCAGCGUUGCCUCCGGCUUCGAUGGGCGGUGCAGGGAACAAAUUGGCAGAGAUCCUGCGUGAGGACCCGCCAGGGGUAAUGUGAGCCUCUUUCUGUGAAUCGUUUUGGAUUAAAGCAUCUGCUAAACAUUGAGCUAACUCUCAUUGAGUGUGAUAUAAAUUAUAAUCAAACAUGAUAUCUUUCUCCCUCCGGCCCCUUGUAUGGUGAAGGCCUGUGACCCAAGCCUUUUGUUGGUCCCUGCAACCAAUGUCCAGUUAAAGAAUAUUGAACAUAGAGAUUUAACUAUAUUGAAUUGAAGUGUUGAUGAAUUGUGACUGGGUGGGUUGGGGGGAAGGGGGGGUGUCCUUCUCUUUAGAUAAGAUUUUAUGCAGCCCGCUUUGGCGUUAGAGUAGUUUGAUCAGACUAUCAACAUGUUUUUAUUAAACAAAUAACUUGGUUUUUUUCUUUACAGAUUUGAAUUUGACUGUUUUUGUUGAAUUUUGGGGUCAAAUUAAUCAUCUCGAUUCUGUCUUUACCGUGUGACGAAGGGCAAAAACCAUUUUGCCGGCGAGUCAAGGCUAUAGUAUCUGACCCACUGUUGCUGUAGUGUGAGAGGGUUCGUGGGAGUCGAACCUUCAGCUCGCUGCGGAGAAACAAAUCAUGCCUUUAUCUAAAGGCAACAAAUGACCAUGCUGUGCUAAAAUCGGUCUAUAAGGAAAGUGUGUGAAGUACAAGGCAAACACUUUACUGUUUCAUGUGUGUAUUAUUACUGUUGCCACAAUAAGGAGGGCGUGCUGCGAUUGCACAAAAUUGUGUGCAAACUUUGUCCUUUUUUGCCACAUCGAUUAGUGGACUAAUCAAAAUCAAAACCAUGAAGCUCCAUGGUUUCUUCAGCUGGCAUUGGAAUAAACUUUUAUGUCUAAAAUCAGAGUGAGAAAAUUAAUACCUUUUUUUCUGUUGUAAUGGGAUUUUUGUGUUUUUUGCAUUUUCGUACUAAAGCUGACAUGAAUAUGAAUUUUUUUGUGACAUUUAAUUAUCUUCUGCUUAAUAUCAUGUCUUUCUGUAUACAUAGGAAACUUGGCCCGUGGGGCUUUACCGAGACUGUCCUGCUCGUGAGUCUAUUUAGUAACACAGUCAUGCUCCCUACACGGCCCGUGAGAAAGCGCAGCUCUUUCUCAGGGUGAGAAACCAUCCCACACGUCUGUUUCUCCAUUUACUUCAAGGAGGAGAGACUAAAUAGGAGGAGGAGGCACAUUGUUUGAAUGUUCUUCAGACGCUGAUUUCCUGGAGGAAAACUAGCAUUGAAUACUCCCGGGUAGAAAGUCAGACGCAGUACGAUCGCAAUGACGAGUAUGUUCGAGUUGUUUUGACUCCAUUCUGAGAGAAAGAGUGGGAUUUUUGUUUUUCGGUGUCAUGACAUUUUUCCUCGUUUUCAUUUUUAGGUGUAAUCCCAGGGUCAAGGUCUCUGCUUUCAUAAUCUCCAUGCGGUUAUGGUACAACCAAAUUUGUGCAUUGUAGGGGACAGGCUGACCAAGUGCUGGUGCUCUACUUUUAGUCACUUUCAGAACAUAUCUUAAUACACGAGUGAGGUUUAGGAGUAGGAUUUUUUAAAAAUACUGUUUUGAUAACAUGGAAAAAUGUUACAAAAACAACUUAUUUAUUUUUUCAAGCCACAGACUCACAUCCCAAAGCUAACCAUGCUCUACCUGUUUUCUUGUAUUUGUACGUUUUUAUUGUCAUUUUAAGAUCUUUUUGGGCUCUACAAAUGCCUAAGAAGGUUUGAAUGAACAUAAUUUCUGUUGUCAACCUUAAAAAAAUGCAUUCCCUGUGUGGUAUUAUGUGUGACAACCUGACAAAUAUCAGUAUUCGAUCGUUAUGGUUUUCAGUGCUUCCUAACAUGAAUAAAUACGUUUU